GGAUUCCACUAGCUGAUCAAGAUUGACUAUAGAUGAUCGAUGGCUUAGCUGAAGGAGGAUCAAGGGACGGCUGCCUUACCAUUUGGUCAUUUGGUCACGAAAUCGUUCAUUGAAGGGCACAUUUUGAGUUAGCGUAUUAUGAAGCAUUGCGCCUACUUGAAAAUGAGUGCGUUAACGAAGUUAAUUAAGCUCGUGGAUUGUAUUCUGUUCAUGUCCUCAUGUCAGUGAGGAACGUCUGAAAGCCGUGGGAAAAAACUGGCACUUGAUCGAUAUCGAUACCAUGGCUGUCGUUCUUUCUCAAGAACUAUAUAUCCGAAAAGAAGAGAAAACCGUCAACACCCUUCUUUCUCCCUUGCCCGAGAGUCCCUCCGUGACUGACAUCGUCAGUUUUAUCCUCAAUCUCCCGAUCGAUUUGCACCAUCUUCAAGGCUCCGGUGCCGAAGGCCAGUCUGGGUGUUCCAUAUACUUUGCUCGAGAUCGUCGUGAUGCCGGUAAAACCGUCGCGGUCGCUAAGGUGUUUCCGCCCUCUUGUCACUCCGAUUACGAGGACGAAGUCUCGAGCCACCAGACGUUGCUAUCUCUGCCUGAACCACCCGCCGCAGCUGGUGUGCUUGGAUGGAGCAAAUGUAUAGAUGACAGGACGGGGCAAUGGGCCGAAGUGAUUGUUUACCAGCUGGCCCCGGGACAAGCACUCAAUACUAUGAUCCGUGAUAUUGGGCGCAUUACAACGGUUCGAUAUAUUUUGGAGCUGGCACAAAAUGAUGAACAGCUCAGGUUUGAUGUGCUGGAGGGCUUUUUUGCCAGCGAGCUGCGUCUGCCCUUGACCGAGUACAAGUUGGGGGAAGGGAAGACCGACCAUGAAGUCCUUUGCAACAUGAUAGGGCGUCGAUUUGAUCAGUUGAUGUCCGGCUUAGUAUCCUCCGUGAAAGCGGUGGCUUCGACUCUGGCAAAGCUGCACCGCAUAAAAGGCGAAUGGGGCGACGCUAGCGAAUGUGUUGUUGAAAAGCUUCGUGAUAAGCUUCGCGGCUGGGUUCAAGAAAUCCAGGGACCUUCACGAGACGAGUACAUGAAAGCGAUCGGAUAUGAGCGAAUAGAGCGACUAGUUGCUCUAGUUAACCGUGCUAUCAGUGAGUCAAGACAGGAAGGACACGCAUCACUUCUGCAUGGUGAUGCUUCGUCUGGGAACUUUUUCUGGGAGCCAAUCCGUGGCAUCACAAUGAUUGAUUAUGGUGGAUUAGCUCGUUCGAUGGAUUGCCAAGGGAAUCCCAUUGGACCAGCAGAGAUGGACGUGGCUGGCUUUUAUGAGCGGUUGCGAAAAUAUUCUGGACAGUUCGGGAUGAAAGAGAGUGAUAUCGCUACCGUGCAAGAGGAAUUUUGGAAAGCAUAUCAAGCCCAAGGUGUCCCACUUAGUGAAGGAAUAGUCCAGCUUUUUCGAACGCGUACGCAGCUGUCCAGACUCUGGUCUGCUGUUUCCAAGCUGAAGAAAAGUUGCGAUGAGCGUCACCUGGCCCAAUUGCGUGCAAAGGUCGAAUUCGAAUGGGACUAUUUCCAAAAUAUCUUUCCCGAAAUAUCCCCCCCAUGGCGUGUGCUCUUCGUUGCCAGCACCAGCGGGCCAGGCAAAGGAGGUCUACCAUUAUUCAACCAGGAGCUUGUCCGAGCGAUGUCUGAGCUACCAAACACAUCAGUAACUCUGUUUGUGGUCAAGUCAGAAGAUGAGAAAACAGACCUUGCUACAGCUCAUGGACAAGCAAAAGUAGUCAGUAUCUCUUCUGGUGAAUGCAAUCCCAGCAGUCUUCUCUAUCAUGUCGCCAAAGUCCACCAGCCGGAUGAAUUUUGUCUUCCAGCGACAGAUCAGCAAGGUACUACUGCAUUUGAUCUCAUCAUUGGUCACUCGCGAUAUUCCAGCGCCGCAGCGACCUUGAUCCGUGAAAGGUGGUACCCUGCAGCGAAACUGGCGCUCAUUACCCAUACUAGCCCUCUCCGCAAGUCAGACGUCGCCUGGAAAUGGUACGGAGAGACUCGAGAAUUGGGAUAUGUUGAAGCCGCUCGACUGGCGAUGCUUGACGAGAAGAUCCUUCCAAAGGCGGACUUAGCCGUAGGCGUUGGACCUGCUCUUACCGCUGAAGCCCGUGAACGCGAAUGGAUAGGACAGUGCAGUCGGCGACGCUCAAUCCAGACAGGACCUCGCUUUCAUGAGCUGGUUCCUGGUGCACACAUUUAUGAAAGUACCCAGUCCCAUCGACAGCUAGAUGGGGUGUUCCGUGUUCUCCUUCCUGGUAGAGCAGACGACCCAGCUAAAGGACUAGAUGACGCCAUCUAUGCAGUGCAGAAAGUCGCGACACUUGGAAAUAAAAUUGUUCUACAUGUUCUGGGGGUCCCAAUCAAUGAAAUGAAUAGCUGGCAGAAUUAUGCCGACCAGAUCACCGGCACACAGGGUCUGGUGCAAUUUCAUCCGUUCUCCAACGACCGCCUAACCGUGCUACGCUCCUAUCGAAUGGCUGAUUUAGUGAUAAUGCCAUCCACCCAUGAGGGAUUUGGUAUGAUAUUCACGGAAGUCGCUGGACUAGGCAUACCUAUUCUGGUGACCCAGGAUAGUGGUGCUGGCCAACUUGCCCUUGACCGAACACGGAUCCCCGUAGAGGUGGGCCAGGCCUGUGUGGUGUUGGAUGAGAGCGCGUAUGGUAUUAAACCCUCGCCAGAAAGCGAGCGUGUUGCUAUUUGGGCACAUCGUAUUGACCAUGUGCGGCGUCAUUUAGACCAGGCUUGCAAAGACGCUCGAGCGCUACAACAAGUCAUGCGAGGCUACUCCUGGAAACAUGCCGCCCAAGCGCUCCUUAGUGCUGCGAUAGAAUCUACAACGGACACAGUGCAGAGGUCGAAUGGUGUCAUUGCUCCCAUGGAGCAGUCGUCUGUUCCGUCUCUUUCACCAGAUGUCCUUGCCGCCAUGCAUCGAGCAGCGCGCACGCGAAAUCGAACUGGAGCUCCAGACCCUGUGCGGGCAGCAGAAGUCCUCCAUAGCUUGCCAGAAGUCCAUCCCACAACUACCUCCCUCGAGAAGCACGUUUCUACUGCUCUAGGAUGUCCCGUCCGUCUUCGAAGUAUGGACACAACACAUCCGCAGGGGUUUUCAGGGGCCGUUAUCUUGUUUGCUUAUACCGAAGACUGCAAUACAAAAAAUGAAUUGCCAGUCAUGCCUACUGAGACAUCCCAGGGCCGUGUAAUUGCUGUGGUAAAGCUCUUCGUUCACGGACUGGACAAUGGAAUCACAGAGGAACUUUCCAGCUUGGAAUGGCUCCUGCUUCAAGCCAAGGGUGAAAUCCGGAUAGCAGCCCCAUUGGCAGUCUGGAAAAUGAAUUGGGAGAACAAAUUAGCCGGAGUUGUCACAUACGAAGUUGCUCAAGGCAUGUCAUUGUAUCAGCUUAUGAUGCAGCUUGGUUCCACGCCACGAGGAGCAAUGAGAGAUGACAUCUUGGCCGUCCUCAAAGCGGGGGUGGAAGAAGUUGCACGGACAUUAAAAAGAUUACAUUCCUUUGGACUCCAGGGAAAGUCAAGUGCUAACUAUCUCGAGUGGUAUUUCAGUGCUUUGGCACAGCGAGUUGAGACAGCUUCAUUGUACGCGGAUAUCCUCCGUCGUGAAGGACUCGAAGUAGAUCAACUAGCGUCAGAUAUGAAGGAGCUGGCUACUCACUGCCAGGAAGACAUGACCCGAAACCCACGCACCGCUGUUGUCCAUGGCGAUGCUCAUCCCGGAAACUUCUUCUACGAUCAGGCAACGGGCCAGGUGACAAUGAUUGACACCACGACUUUGCACACCUCUCUAGAUGAAAACGGUAAACCGGCCGGGGCUCUGGAGCGAGAUAUUAGUCAUUUUGUGCAUAUGAUGCGACGAACAGGAGAGCAAUACGGAAUGUCAGAUAAGGAGAUGGAACUGUGCACUACAGUCUUUAUGGAUGCUUGCUUGGAAAACACAGCAGUGAGCAUGCAAACCGUUCGGAUGCUGAUGGUGUGUUCGGCCCUAUCAUUCUUGAAUCGUUCGGCGAGGGAAGAAGCGGCGGAUUUAGGCCGACAGGUGAAGAUUGUACAUGACCUAUUGUGUUUUAGAAAGAAGUAGUUAUAGUUACGAUAUGUAUCUCGGAGUUAGGUAGCCUUGAUUGUCAAAUUAUCCGCGAUGACAAAUUUUAUGUGACUGCAUCUGUAAAUCUACUGAAAAUCAACUUCCUUCCAUGAUUUACCUUGGUAUUUUGCCUUUUUCCCCAUCUUAUUUCAUCACCGAGAGUUUUCCCUUUACCAAGGCUCGCCCUCCACGGCCCGUUCCAGGGCAGUUCCAUGGGAACCACAUAGACGGGGACGGAGAUCGUACCCAAAGAAGCAUCCUCUGCAAG